AUGGCGGCCCCUGGGCGCAGAGCAGCCAAGGUACUCGGUAUUGACCUUGACUACCGCAGAGAACCCGACGUCUCAGGUGGAAUUUCUGUCUCAUCGGUUGAGACCUACCUUGAACCCGAACCAACAGCCUCCGAGUGGUUGUCCCAGUUCAAGCCGUCCGUCCAUGCUACAAAGCUCUACAUUCGAAGUCUAUUCCCGUUUUGGGACUGGAUAUUUCACUACAACUUGACCUGGCUCUUCGGCGAUGUGGUUGCGGGAGUCACAGUGGGAUUUGUAGUCAUUCCCCAGGGAAUGGCAUAUGCAUUGCUUGCCAAGCUACCUCCGGAAUAUGGCUUGUACACCAGCUUCGUGGGUUUCAUUUUAUACUGGGCAUUCGCUACAUCCAAAGAUAUCACCAUCGGCACAGUUGCUGUCAUGAGCACUAUUGUCGGUAACAUCAUCAUCAAGAUCCAGGAAACCAAGCCUGAGCUGGAAGCUGUAGAUAUAGCCAGAGCUCUUUCCGUUAUUGCUGGUGCAGUCCUUCUCUUCAUCGGCCUCACACGGCUGGGACGGAUUGUAGAACUGAUCCCUCUGGUCGCUAUCACCUCCUUCAUGACAGGCGCUGCCAUCAGUAUUGGUGCGGGCCAGGUUCCUGCCCUAAUGGGAAUUUCCGGUGUCAAUAACCGUGGAGCGACAUACAGAGUCAUUAUCGACUCACUCAAGGGUCUACCGCGGACCAAGCUUGACGCGGCCAUGGGUCUCAGUGCCUUGUUUCUACUUUACGCAAUUCGCAUAUUCUGUAACUUCAUGUCGAGGAAGCAGCCCUCGAGGAAGAAGCUAUGGUUCUUUGUUAGUACACUCCGCAUGGCCUUUGUCAUUCUGCUUUACAUUUUGAUCAGCUGGCUCGCCAAUAAAGAUAUCAAAGGUCUACAUGAUGCUAAUAAUGACCUCAAAAAUGCACGCUUCAAGAUUCUCGGACGCGUUCCACGAGGCUUUCAGCAUGCGGGCGCGCCUAAGAUGAACACCGAGCUCCUCUCGGCAAUUGCCCCCGAUCUACCCGUUACCAUCAUCGUCCUGAUCCUAGAACACAUCGCCAUCUCGAAAUCUUUCGGCCGUAUUAAUAACUAUGUUAUCAACCCUAGCCAGGAACUUGUCGCUGUUGGCUUUACUAAUGUCAUUGGUCCCUUCCUCGGCGCCUACCCAGCGACUGGUUCCUUCUCCCGGACCGCUAUUAAAUCGAAAGCUGGUGUUCGGACACCACUCGCAGGAAUUUUCACAGCAGUUAUCGUUCUCCUCGCUCUCUAUGCCUUGACCGCAGUAUUCUUCUACAUUCCAUCGGCUACGCUCGCAGCGAUCAUCAUACAUGCUGUGGGAGAUCUCAUCACCCCUCCAAACGUGGUUUUUCAGUUUUGGGAGACCAGUCCACUGGAGGUUGUCAUUUUCUUCGCUGGUGUUCUGAUUACAAUCUUCACCAACAUCGAAAACGGUAUAUACGCGACGGUGGCGGCAAGUUUCGCGUUGCUUUUAUGGCGUCAGCUAUUCACUCAUGGCGUCGUUCUCGGCCGGGUUAGGGUCUUUUGUUCUACCCCUGAAUCAAUCGCCGCACAUAAGGAGAAUAUCCAGGGUGUUGUCGCCCUUGAGACAUCAGUCCGGGAGGCGUAUGUUCCUGUUAGUCGCCAGGAUGGGACGAAUCCUCUUGUUGAUGUCGAAACUCCGUACCCUGGCAUCUUGAUCUACAGAUUCACGGAAGGGUUCUCCUAUCUAAAUCAACAAGGCUACAUGGAUGAGCUCGUUCAUCAUGCCCAGACCAUUUCACGUCCCACAAUUCUCGACCGUUAUGAGAGGCUCGGAGAUCGCCCUUGGAACGACCCUGGCCCAAGACGCGGACGACAGGUGAACGCUGAUGAUCAUCGCCCCAUCCUCCGCGCCAUCAUCUUGGACUUCAGCGCCGUCAACAACGUUGACGUCACGUCUAUUCAGGGCCUUAUUGACGUGCGCGCGCAACUGGAUCGCUACGCUGCCCCCGAUACUGUAGAGUGGCAUUUCGCUUCUAUAAACAGUAGGUGGACUAAACGAGCUUUGACCACGGCGGGUUUUGGUUACCUUGACCGCGCACGCUUCGCCUCUCGCGCACAUUGGAACCCGGUGUACAGCUAUACGCCACUGGAUACCAUCACAAGCAAAAUUCACGACCCAGAAGCGCAAGACAAGGUUCAAGGCUCUAAUGGACUAGUGCCUGGCAAAGUUACCACUGUACAUGGUCAAAACAGACCGUUCUUCCACAUUGAUGUGCCUGCUGCCGUAGAGUCAGCAAUUGCUGGUGUGAAUGCAAAGCUUUCACAUGUGAGCUCAAGUGCCUCGCACGAGACAGCGGACACGCAGUAUCCUCCGAAGCAAGAAUAG